CGUACACCUAUCGAUGUCCCUAAUUCAUUUGGCUUUCGCAGUCCCGAAAACGCAAAGACCGCCCAUAGAUUAGAUUCCCACUUUUCUCAAACUUUGGGAACUCAAAACAACCGGAACAAUAUAAACGCAACAUCGCUCAACUCUCCUGCCAACAAUCACAAUCUUCCCUUUCCUUUCCAGAUGACGAAGAGCCUUCCCUUUGUUUCCUUGUUAAAUUGAUGGACGUUGAAGGAAAGAAGUUUGGUGGGGGGCCAAGGGAGCUUGGUGGUGCUGUUGAUCUCAUAAAUCAGUAUAAGCUUUGGCCUCACCAUGAAUUAUUCUGCAAGAGGUCACUACCUUUGUCAAUAUCUGAGACUCACUAUCUCCAGAAUGUGGUGGGUGACACACAAAUCAGGAAAGGAGAAGGGAUGGAAUUGGAUCAGCUCUUUCAUAAUGCCUCCUAUUUGAGGGAGAGAAAUGCUUGCAUACAUCCUUUUGAUUUAGGUGUGCUUGCGGAAGCCUUUCAUAUGAGAAAAACUACUCCUGUUGACCUGCCUUCUGCUGAGAGAGGGAUCCCUACUGCAAUAAUGAAGUCAAGGAGCAAAUUCACAAAAGACAAGGAAAUGACGCACAAAAAGCACAAGGACAAGGAUCAGAAUAAGCAUAAACAUUGCAAAGAGGAUGGAAGUAAUAAUAAGGAUAGAAAAAGAAGUGGAACAGUACCUGGUCUUGAGAACUUGAAGAAACAACGUGACAAGAGGAGACGAUGCAAUGGAUUGUAAAUGUCUUUCCUACAACCUCAACAUGAGAAAACCUGGUAAGCCAUGGUUGGACUCUAAAGCAUAACCAUAAUUACUAAAUGUUUUGAAUCACAUAAAUUCAUGUCAAUUAUUUGGCAAGCUCAUCACGCUUAUCUUUAGUUUUUCAUUUGGCUGAUUGCUUUUUCUUCCAAGUUGUGCCAACUUCAGAAAUCAAGAAUAUUGAAGUUUGGCAAGCAACGGGCUGAAAACAUCUGGGUUAGAAUGUUCAUUUUGUGCUCUCCAUUAGAUGUGCAUUUUUCAUGGUUUAUUGAGUGUAAUCCUGUAGAUAGUAUAACUGGAGAUGUGGGCGGGUUCAAGGUCUUUUAUGAUGAUGGCUAUUGCCUAGAUCGGCAAUUGUAAAAUGGAAAACCAUGAAAUAAAAAAUUAAAAAAAAAAAACUAUAUUUUGAUUGGGAA